GGGACGGCGCAGAGUUCAGCCUGAGAGAGGAAUAACGGCGAGGCCUGGUCCUAUCCUGGAGGUCGCGCUAGGGUCUCGCUCGCUGCCCGCCUGCCGGGUCGCAGCUGACCCCUGAGCACGUAUCUUCUGCGGCCUAUCCGGCCGCUCUCUGGCUGCCAUGGCCGCUGUCGCCGGCCUACGGGCCUACGGGGUGAAGGGGCCCUGCUGGCUCCUACGAGGCGCGUGGACCCUGCGCGCCGCCGCCUUCUGCAGCGGGGGGCUGGCCGCAAACGGGCGCCCGGAGUCCGAGCCGCGGCUCACCAGCGUGCGGCAGCGGGACGGCAUCAGGAACAUUGUCUUGAGCAAUCCAAAGAAGAGGAAUGCGCUGUCACUUGAAAUGCUGAAAUCUCUCCAAAAUGACAUUCUUCACGAAGCUGAAAGCAAAGAUCUGAAAGUCAUUAUCAUUUCAGCUGAGGGGCCUGUGUUUUCCUCUGGGCAUGAUUUAAAGGAAUUGACGGAAGAGCAAGGCUGUGAUUAUCAUGCGGAAGUCUUUCGGAUCUGUUCUGAGGUCAUGAUGCUGAUCCGGAACCACCCAGUGCCCGUCAUCGCCAUGGUCAAUGGCUUGGCCACAGCUGCCGGCUGUCAGCUGGUUGCCAGCUGCGACAUUGCCGUGGCCAGUGACAAGUCCUCUUUCGCCACUCCAGGUGUGAAUGUGGGGCUCUUCUGCUCCACCCCUGGGGUCGCCUUGGGGAGAGCAGUGCCCAGAAAGGUCGCCUUGGAGAUGCUUCUCACCGGGGAGCCCAUCUCUGCUCAGAAGGCUUUGCUCCAUGGGCUGCUCAGCAAAGUCGUGCCAGAAGAGCAGCUGGAGGAGGAGACCAUGCGAAUAGCCAGGAAGAUCGCCUCCUUCAGCCGGCCUGUGGUGUCUUUGGGCAAGACCACUUUCUACAAGCAGCUGCCCCAGGACCUUAGUACAGCCUACUACCUCACCUCCCAGGCCAUGGUGGACAACCUGGCCCUGUGGGAUGCGCAAGAGGGAAUCAAGGCCUUUAUCCAAAAGAGAAAACCCACCUGGGCACCUUGAGCUGGCAUUAAACAGAGGAAUGGCAGAGGAGGGAGCCCAGUGGGCAGCACUCUGGAGCACCCCAGCACUCGGCCCCUCACGCCUGACCACCCCUGCUGCCUCGGUUGUAACAGAAGGUGGCCUGCGUUGAUGACACUCAUGGUGGUUUCACAGCAGUGGCCCACACUAAAAGUCAUGAUUCCAUAGGGGAAGGAUGGAAGGAGAGUAAAGGCAGUGCUCACUUACGAGCAGGUUAGUGAGCACCUGGGUGGGCCAACUAUGGCCGGCAUGCUCCUUGACAGCCCCCCACGCAAGGGGCCACCCCUACACAGAGGGAUGGCCAGCUGCGGCAGGAAGGAGGGACGCCCAGCCCACUCUUAGCUGCAAUGUCCUCUGAAGCAGAGUCCAUUCUGGUUGCUUAUGACAGGCGAAACACUUCAGAUCUCCAUGAGAUGUUCUCUACACCGAAAAUCUUCUUGAUUCUACUGGGAAAUAAUCAUGCUUGUGGCUUUGGAAUACUCUUCUGCGAUUUAAAUAAAUUAAAAUUUUCAGAGA